AUGGCUCCCAAAAGCUUCUCGGCUGUCGCGGCACAGCUCCCUCUCCAGAACAGGCCCAGAACCUUGGCCGCCCUAGUCCUCGCCAUCGCCCUGUCCCUCCCCACAGCCUCGUACGCCCUCAAGAGCUACCGCGGGUACCUGGCGCUGGGCCCGGGCGGCAUGCCGUACAACGUCUUCGGGUGGUCCCUCCAGGGCCUGCUGCAGCUCAUCGCCAAGUGGGACACGCGCACGCCGGCGCCCUUCAGCAGGCCCGCCAACCAGAAGCCCUACGAGCCGCACGGCAGGACACCGUUCCUCGCCGCGUCCCCACUGCCGAGGCGCCAGGGCGACCGCCCCGACGUCCCCGGGUACGUGGCGCCGCAGCGGCAGGUGACGCAGCAGGGGUCCGAGGACACGCGGGCGCGCAUGACGGCGUUCCUCGAGGCCCUGGCCGCGAGGAACCCCGGCGUCCUGGUGCUGAAGCCGUCCGGGCUCGAGGGCGUCGGCACGCCUGCGCUGUGGCUCGACCCGGCCGUCGAGCUCCCGCGUUACCUGAGGGGCGUCAAGGGCGAGCUUGUCCAUGUCCACCCCGAGGCGAGCUCGCACAUCACCGUCAGCCUGGCCGAUGCCGAGGAGCUGACGCGCAAGGGCUGGGCGGAGCGGCACCGGCUGAGUGGUGUUGGUGGUGCUAUUCCGCUCAGCUAUGUGAUGGUGUAUGCGCCGAGGGACGAGGCUGAGUUUGAGGCGUGGAAAGGUGUCGUGAGAGCUGGUUUGAUGUUUGUAGGGGCAGGGGCCGGAAAGGAGGUCAACGUCGAGUAG